AUGGGUCUCUUCUCCUUCCUCCGCCCCUCCAGCCAACCCACCCCAGACUUGUUCGAAAAGGAACUCGUCCAACUCGAACUCAAGAUCUCAAGCCACCAGGAAAGACUCAAGGCGAUCGACCAGCGACAGCGAUCGACUACCUCGACUAUCACCAUCUACUCAAGCCUGUUCUGGUCGAUUUAUACAUGUCUAUGGUACUUCGGCUGGACACCAAUCAAAUGGCUCCACCUCGGCAACAGGCUCAUAAGCCCAAAUUCAAAAACAUUACUCUCAACCAAUCCCAAACUCAAUCAAUCAAUCCAGGUCUUACCCAUCAUACUAAUCCCAAUCGGACUCCUGUCGUUUCGUUGGCUCGUUCAAACUUGGUAUCAACGUAAACAAGAGUCUGAGAAGCUCCGACUACGCUUACUCCAAAAACAACUGCGGGAUAAAAUCGAAGAGCUGAAGAAGAAGACUGCUUAUUACUCAACCAAAGAAUUACUCGAUCGAUAUGAUGAAAAAACUAAACUCAAUUCUCAAUCGUCCCCUCAGAAUCCACACCAACCCGGUCGGAUGACAAUGACUCCGCCGAAUAAUGAAGCCUUGAGACAGAGGCACCGCCCGCCAUCUUCGAGCCCAGCUACUCUGUCGAACUCAUUAUCUCCGAUGCAGAAUAACAACUCCUCUCCAGCUCAUCAGAUGGGUCCGCUAUCAGGUCCACCUCCGGCCCCACACCAACAGCAUCUCCAUCAACAACAUCAAAAGAUACUCACUACUCCUUCUCCCACUAAUGGCCGAGGAUGGGCCGAUCGAUUCGCUGAAGUCUUGCUCGGUGACGACGAAGCUCGACCAGAGAGUAAGUAUGCCCUGAUCUGUAUCAAAUGUUUUGCGCAUAAUGGACUGGUCCGACAAGAAGAACUCGAUCAAAUCCAAUACCUAUGUCCCAAAUGUGGGACUUUUAACCCUUCGAAAAACAAAAUGGGCCGUCAUAAUCAUCCGAGUGGAGAGGAACGCCUAUCAGAUGAAGGUGCAGGGGAACGGAAAGCUGGCUCAAUCAAUAGCCAAGGAAAACGGGGCGGCAGGAAAUCAUUAGCUGAUUCGAUGAUCCGAAGGAAGCCACCAAUCGAUGAUUCAUUCAAUGUAGUCCAUCAAAGACGAGUAGUCAGUCAAGCGGCUGGCAUCCCUACUUCCUCGUCUUCUUCCCUCUCCCUCGACCAUCGCUUUUCUCAAGUCUCGCAAUCUAACCGGACCGAUGUGGAUAAUGAGGAUGUGCUCACCGACGACUAUUCUGAACGCCCUGACAUCUCACAAGCUGAUCGUGCUGACAACGACUACCAAGUGGAAGACCUCGAAACUAGCGACGUCGAGCCCCCUCAUCCCCAGCCCGUCAUUUCCUCCUCCGCCGCUCCUACAACUCUCCCUGAUCGAAAAUCUAAGAAGAAAUCUUCGGCUCAGAAAGUUAAAAAGUCUGGAUGA